AUGGCGUCGUCGAAGCUCAUGGCUUCUUCGACCUCGCGAAAUUCGGAUCUCAAGCGCAAGCUCUCCUUGCCUUGUGGGUCGGCCGAUUUUCUCCGAAUCAACACCGGCGCCGGCGGUCGCGACGGUUUGGAGGCCGAACCUAUGAAGGAGGACCGGUUGGGGCGGAGGAAUUUCAUAGAACUGAACUCGGUUCCGGAUGAGGAUGAGGAUCAGGAUCAGGAUCAGGAUCAGGACCAUCCUCUUGCCGGCGGGGCUGAGCAGAGCUCGAGCGCGCAGCUGAAGGCGGAGAUCGCGCUUUUGGAUGAGGCCGGAGCUGUUACGCCCAUUGGGGACGGAGGAUUCGAGCCCCCAAGGGUGGUUAGGAAAACGGUGGACGACGUGUGGAGGGAGAUUGUGGCUGGGAAGAAGAACGAGAAGCAGCCGAAGGAGGAGAUGAUGACUCUGGAAGAUUUUCUGGCCAAGACUGGCGCGGAGGAGGAGGAGAAGGUGGCAGGGGCAGCACCUGAGACGAGUGGCGUUUUGGGGGUGAAGGAGGAGCAGUUGAGCCGGGGGGUUUAUGCCUACGAGACGAAGUCUUGUGUUGCCGGGGUUGAUAUGGGGAUGGGGUUGGGUGUGGAAGUUGGGAGUUUGGGCAGGGGGAAAGGGAAGAGGAGUAUGAGUUUGUUGGAGCCUCUAGAUAAGGCAGCUCAGCAGAGGCAGAGAAGAAUGAUCAAGAACAGGGAGUCUGCCGCGAGGUCAAGAGAGCGUAAGCAGGCAUAUCAAGUGGAAUUGGAGUCCAUGGUGGCACGACUAGAAGAAGAAAGGGAGCGAUAUCUGAGAGAGAAGGCAGAGCAGACAAAGAAAAGGCUAAAGCAGAUAAUGGAGAAUGUGAUUCCUGUAGUUGAGAAGAGAAAACCACCCCGUCUGCGAAGGAACCGAUCCAUGCAAUGGUGA